AUGAACCCUCACAUCUCCGUCCCCCGCCAACAUGCCGGCCCUGCCAACUUCGGUUCAACGCCCGCAACCCGGUCUAGUGUCCGCAUGCCGCGCUUCUUCAAGAGGCUCUUCAAAUUUCCACAAAUGGACUUUGAGAUGGCCAUUUGGGAAAUGACAUCCUUGUUGAUCGCACCCAAGAAGGUCUUCAAAUCGAUAUACUACCAUGUAAAAACCAAAAACACAUGGCACCGGCCUGAUCCAUCAUUCACCUACUUACUAUCAUUCUUCCUCCUCCUCACAGCCUUCGCAUGGGGCCUCGCUUAUAGGCCGGGCUUCGGUGCAAUCAUACGCCUCACCUUCCUCUUCGUGUUCGUGCAUUUCAUCGGCUCCUCACUACUCGUCUCAACAAUUGGGUACUUUAUCAUUGGCCGUCUAUUCGGUCCAAAUGGAGCUGCCGCCUCUCUGGCUGGCCUGCGGGGCUCUCGUGGCCGAAGACGAGGUGCUGCCCAGGGAUUGUUUACACAGCCAGGGGAGAAAGAGCAAUUGGAGUUUGGAUAUUGUUUUGAUGUAUCCAACCGGGCCUUCUUUCCUCUCUAUCUCCACCUCUACGUGGUGCAGUUCCUGCUUCUGCCGCUCCUCACCCGUAGCCCGAGCGAUUUCCUGGCUACUUUCCUCGGAAACUCGCUCUAUCUCUCUGCUCUCAUUUACUACACCUAUAUCACAUUCCUAGGGUACAAUGCUCUUCCCUUCUUGCACAACACAGAACUUCUACUUGUGCCCAUCCUCAUAUUCGCCGUUAUGUGGCUAGUCAGCUUGAUUGCCGGUUGGGGCAUUGUCAUGCAAGGCCACAGCGUUAAAGGGUUGUUUUGGGGGGUGUGA